AUGUUUUCUCCUGGAGAAAACGCACAACAAAUCCCGGAGACGUUCCACCAUUUGAGAGGAAGAGCCACCACACCACAACUUCAGGACCUGGUGGACUAUAUUGACCGACAGUGGUUUCGCCAUCGUGUAUUCAGGGUCCAGGACUGGUCAGUGUUUCGGCAGACAGUGCGCACCAACAACGACGUCGAAGGCUGGCACAACCGACUGAAUACGAUGGCCAGGCACGGGGGUGUGCCAUUCUACAAGUUGGUGCUGCAACUGCGACAGGAAGCUGAAGUGGUCAAUGUUGCUGUACAAUCUGCAGACUUGGAGAGGGAGACUAACCGGCGUAACCGCGUAUACACCGCCCUAGAGAAGAGGAUCCAGAAAGCCUGGGAUGAGAACAUGGAAGGAGCUUGGACCACCAGUCACUUUCUGCGAGCGAUUUCAUCGUGUUACAGCCUGUCCAUCAACACCGAGUGA